CCUUGCCCCCCCCAUAGCGGGGACCCCGGAGCCCCUCCAACUUUCCCGAUAGCAGGAGCCCGGAUUCCCCCUCCUCUCCAGGGGCCCUCGCCCCCUGCCCCUGAUAGCAGGGGCCUGGAUCCUGAUCCUCUCCUGGGGACCCUCACUUCCCGACUGCUGGGGUCUCUCUCAGGGUGGGGCUUAGGGAAACAGGCAAGUGGCCGUUCUCUUCUGCGACCCAUUGAGAAUGCCAAGCAAAAGCAUGGGAAUAAUUUAAUAUGAACAUGUAACUAGACUAUCUACCAUGGACAUGAAAGAUCUACAAGAAUAUAGGCUUUGGUUACUGUGAUUUGUUUGUAACGUAGCCAUUCGAUCGAGGUGGCUGUCGGAGAAUAACUCUCUGCUUCCCCAUGGCCAUAAACAUUGAAGAGCAUUGAAGGAUAUUUCUGGCCCUGUAUGUUGAAACACAAAUGGGAAGAACAAGGCUUUUCCUGCAAGAUUUUAUCUCUAUUUUGGAACUGGACAUUUUUUUACUUGGACUAUCUGAUUCCCAACCACCCAUGUGUUUUCUCAGCUAAAUUCACUGAGGGCUGGGGCAGCAGGAGGAAUUGGGUGACUCGGGAUGGGAAGCCUAACUUUGAUUAUCUACUGCAGCAUUUUGGGAAGGCUGUAGUACCUGUUGCCAACUGUGAUGUCAAGGAAUACAAUUCUAAUCCAAAGGAACAGAUCCCUCUCAAGGAGUACAUAAGUUAUUGGAAAGAAUACAUUAAAAAAAACUACCAUUCACCCCGGGGGUGCCUCUACCUCAAAGAUUGGCACUUGUACAGGGCUUUCCCAGAGCAAGAUGUUUAUACAACCCCCAUCUAUUUCACUUCUGACUGGCUGAAUGAAUACUGGGAUGCCAAAGGCCUGGAUGAUUAUCGAUUUGUCUACAUGGGACCUAAGGGUUCAUGGACUCCUUUUCAUGCCGACGUCUUCCGCUCCUACAGCUGGUCUGCCAAUAUCUGCGGGAAAAAGAAAUGGCUGCUCUAUCCCCCCAGGCAGGAGGAGUACCUCAGAGAUCGCCAUGGUAACUUGCCCUUCGAUGUCACUGCGCCUGGUCUUCAAGACAGCAGCGUUUACCCACGCUAUGCCCAAAGCUGCCCCCCUGUUGAAAUCAUCCAGGAAGCAGGGGAGAUAGUCUUCAUCCCUAGCGGAUGGCACCAUCAGGUGUACAACCUGGAGGAUACAAUUUCCAUCAACCACAACUGGGUGAAUGGCUGCAACGUGGCUAUCAUGUGGAGCUUCUUGCAGGAUGAAUUAGCAGCCGUCCAACGGGAAAUCAGCGAAUGGAGAGACACUAUGGAGGACUGGCACCUACAAUGCCAGGUAAUCAUGAAAUCUUGCACAGGCAUAAACUAUAAGGAGUUCUACAACUUCCUUAAGGUAAUCGCGGAGAACAGGAUUUCUGUCUUAAACCACGUCCUAGAUGAAGAAGCUUCAGCCAAGAACACUCACAGGGCUGCCACCUCCGCUCUGGGCAUGCUCCAUGCGGUGUUUGAUUUAAAAAGGGCUGUGCAAGUGUUAACAUCCUUAAAUGCUAAUGAGGAUUUCAAGAAACUGAACCCUAAAUCACUGUCCCCACCUCCAGAGGCAUUACUACACCACCUGAAAGCUGCAAUAGACACAGCACUGUUAUAGUUCCAUAUUUAUUCAAGUAUUUGUACCUAUUGCAACAUAGCUGCAUGUAGACAAAUCAUAAGAAGGCUCCAGAUUUCCCCCGUUAGAGUUUAAGCACAAUGAGCCUUAAUGUGGAUGGGGAGGCCGUGGAUAUAGAAUCAAGAGAAAAAGCAUGUUAGGAAAAUGAGUACACUACAGUAAAUGGCCUGUUUAUAUUGAAACCACUCUAAAAAGGGAAGACGUCUCCAGCAGAGUCAGAGAUUAGAUUCAUUCCAUGUAGCAGAAAUGCAAGCAGCUAAACUCACCAUAGCAGGAAGAAGUUAUGGUCCUAAGAAUCAGCCACGUAGGAAAUUCAGCCAUUGGAAUGGUCUAGAACCAAAAGGAUGAACUUUUGAGAUGUAUCCUCUCAAUUCUACGCACCAAAGCAUCUAUAUUUCAGCAAGUUCACCUCUCUGUACUGAGAUCACCUAGAGACUGAACUAAAAAGAGUUUUAGAAAGGCAAAAGCAUGGAAGUCUGUAUGUAGCCUUAGACUGUGUGUUAAUGAAAGGAAGAGUAUUAACAUGCUGUGUGGUGACAUAGCACAACCUAUGAACUUAAGGGUAAUACACAUUGAAAAGGACUGCAAGGGAAGUGGCCUCACAAGCGUUUUCAGUUAAACUAUAAAAAACACUCCCAUUGUUGUUAGGGGUUUGCAGUUAGUUUCCUUCUAAACAGGGGCUGUGAAAAGUUUAAUUCUAGCCAACAGUGCUUCCAUUAAGAUUAUAGUUGAAGGUUUUUAAGCACUGAGCUGAAACUUAAUCAGUUGUUGACCUCUGAGGUGACCAGUAUGGGUGACCACUUAAAGUUGCUGUUUUUAAUAUUGCACAUUAAAAUGUUUAAAAAUGUCA